AUGGGCAAAAAUCAGUGCGAACAAGGUUUCCGCGAUGGAGCUCGGCGCAAGUGGCCAAGGAUUUCGCUUCUCACGCUGGGUGCCGGCUACUUAUUGUGGGUUUUCCUCUACAACUCCGACGCCCCCUCGACCAGUGGCGGCGCCGGGCCCCGAGGCCGUGCGAAUUUCGCGACGGGCCAGCCCGCCACUACGCACAACGUUACUAUAUCGAAUUUCAAUCCGCAAGGCUCUGUAAGCCCAACGUCGGCCCCCGAUUACUCCUACUACCAGCAGCGGAUCCAGCUGCGACCCUUGAUUUCGUCCACCGUCGCUCGCGACGAGUUCGAGGCCUGGCUUCAGAAGCAGACCACGGUGAGCUUCGAAAGGCUGCUAGCCAACAUUGGCGACGUCGAGCUCAACAACCUCUCGAGCACUGACGGCGUGGCUGAGGGGGGCGUAAUCGCGUCUCCUUCGAAGCAGGCACCCAACUACUUCUACCAGUGGGUCAGAGACAGCGCCAUCACCAUCAACACUGUGGUGAGCCACAUCUCGAAUUCCUCCCAGAGCUCCGGCCUGAACUUGACCUUGGUGGGCACCGUGCUCAAAUAUAUCAACAAUUCUUGUAUCUUGCAAAGAACAGCGAACCCAUCGGGCUCUCUGCAGCCAGAGCUUGAGGGGCUAGGGGAGCCCAAAUGGGAGGUUGAUGACUCUGCGUUCACCGGCAGCUGGGGCCGCCCGCAGAGCGACGGGCCCCCACUGCGCGCUAUUACCACUCUCAACUUCCUAAGCACCCUUAAUCAAUCGGGGCACUCGCUGGAAAACGUCAUCGACUUGUACCAGAAAGAGUUCAAAACCGAUCUAAGACUGUCAUUCCAAAGUGAGCGCGAAUUAAUUGAGCAAGCACUGGCGCUGGACCUAAAUUUUGUGGUUAAAAAUUGGCGCAAAAGUGGUUUUGAUCUGUGGGAAGAAGUUAACGGCCAACACUUUUUCACGGCGCUGUGCCAGCUAAAGGCUGUCAGUUUGGGCCGGAAUUAUUACACAAAUAUUCGGCCUGAGUUUGACAACGAACAGAAAUCUAUUUCGGGCGGGCUGCACAAUAGCUUUGAGGAUAUCCUUAAUUUCUUGUUGGUCGAUGGAGGUUUUCUAAAUCCGGCCAAAAACUACAUAGUCGAGACCCCCCAAAUACUGGGUCAACGCUCCGGAUUGGACAUUGCAAUUCUCAUAGGAUCAUUAUUGACACACGACUCCGAAGAAAACUCACCCAAUUCAGAAAAAUUUCCCUUUGACGUGAAUGAUAGUGGCAUUUUGAAUUCCUUGUAUGGCUUGGUGAAGCAAAUGGAAAUCCUGUACCCGGUCAAUCACCAAAGGGCCAAUCUCAACCUUGGCGUUGCACUUGGCAGAUACCCUGAGGACAUUUACAACGGCGUGGACACAUCUGAGGGAAACCCAUGGUUCUUGGCAACAUCUGCAGCCGCCGAAGUUCUUUAUAAAGUCAUAUGGCACUACCAAAGCCUGAAUCAAGACCUAGUGAUCCCCCUGGAUGGCUGGCAGUCCGAAUUCUGGAGCCUGAUAUUUGAGAGGAUUGACUUCUCAUUGCAGGGCCAAGACACCUGGCAACUGGUGAUUCCUUAUCACUCACCCGCUUACAAUCAGACUAUGGUUUCGUUAUUUACACUAGGAGACUCAUUUCUAGACAAGGUCAGAGAGCACGUGAGCGAUGAGGGUGAGAUGUCUGAGCAGUUCAAUAGAUACACUGGUUUCUUGCAGGGUGCGAGACACCUGACAUGGUCUUACGGCGCAUUCUGGAGUUCGCGCCGCUGGAGAGACCAGGCACUCAAGGCGCUCAACGCGCCCAACUAA